AUGAACCUGGGCGAUCAGCCGAAUCUACAUCCUUUCUUUUCGAAAGCGCAGCGCAACCAAUCGCCCGAACUCGACGAAAUCAAGGUCGCCCAAACUGGCCCUCCUGCCCACGACGAGAACCACCCAAACCACGAAGAGGCCGCUCAGCGCCCACGGGGUCGAGGCCGGCCCUUGGGGUCGAAAACGCAUGGCGGAAAGCGGAAGUCUGGGGAAGCAUUGCCUGUCAGAAAGGUAAAGCAGGCCUCACUUGUGCAAUUUGCACAGACUGGAAAUAGCAGGAAACAAGAGACGGAUGAUAAUGCCCAUGGAGCAUCAGCACAAGAUUCCUUAGUCGAGGAUCCGAACAUUGGUCGCCGCAAGCGUCAGCGGACCAACUCGCCUGAAGCAAAUCGAGGCACACAUGAGGAAGCGUUCACCGAAGCAGGAGCCCCGGAUGCUGUCGGUGACGAGUCUGCGCAGCCUGGCUCGCUCUCCUGGCAUGAACAAUUGGAGGCGGAAGCAGGCAGAGAUGAAAAUGCGAUUCUGGUUCAAGCUUCAAGCCCUGGGGCAAGAGACCCAGAAUUGACUCUUAACGGUUCAGAAGCAGUUGCAGAUUCUUUCCCAUUACUUGAGGAACGCGAAGAAGUAACUCAGACGAUACCGCCUGUCGUCUCGUCACCUCCCCAGUCCGGCCUUGACGACACUGGAUCCGCGCUCGAGGAUGAGAGCAGCAUUGCUAUAGCCAGCACAUCUUCAAGCAAGCCGGGCCCCAAAAAGAAGAUGCUGCGACUGAAGGCAAACGGUCGCUUCAGCUCUCCUGUAUCUAUUGCCCCGCCUCCACCUUCUUCGCCACCAUCUAUUUCUGCAAUACCCAAGGAAAUCGAGCCAAUCCAUGAGCCCGUGCACAACUCCACUUUAGCAAGAUCAUCGCCCCCCAGACGGAGUCCUCCAAGGAAGAUGUUGCGACUUAAUGCGAAAGGUCGUCUAAGCUCUCCCAUUCCUCAGGAACCGCCAGUUGAAGAGCCAAAGCCAAGGAGAACGCGGGGGAGAGGCCGUAAUAAGGAACCGAAGCAACUCAUUGUGAAGAUAUCGUACAAAAAGGGCGACUCAGGAACAGCUUCAAUGGCUGAAGACAUCAACCGGAUUAUGAUAGGCGCACAGCGGGCCCCUGCUCAGAAGCAAAAGCAGCCGUCGAUGCGUCCUGAACCAUCCGGUCCGCCGAAACCGACUCAUCCCUUUUUCUCUGGUAAGCCUGUUGGUAAAACGAAGGACGAAAGUAAAGAUGGGCCACCUGAGGCCGCAGUACAAAAAUCACCUUUAAAAACUGCCGGCAAGCGUGAAACGGCAAUUACACCGGGAAAGCUGCGAGCUCAAGCACGCGCUAAUCACGCUACUGCCGAUGAUUUUCCCAGCUUUGGUUUCAAUACCAAAACACGCAAGCAUCCUGGAGGAACUGUUGAUGCUCCAUGGCCUUGGAAGGGCGUCGUACGUGUUGGAAAUGACUCGGGAGAUUCCCCAUUUCCACAAAAACCAAUACCAUCAGAAGACCUGAAAGCACGCCGGAAACUCAAGGACAAUGUGUAUCAAAUUUCCGGCGAUGAGUCCAUUCUAUCGGCCCUUUGUACACAUAUCCGUCAAGACCCUUUAGCAUCGCUUGGCUUUACACCCAACUCUCAAUCACCUAUUCUGCGCAAGCCAAAUCGCUUGCUGACUACUGGUGUGAAAAUACAAGAGAGCAUACGGGACUACAUUGGCGCAUUUGCUUCCACUGGCACUAGUUCGGUGCAGUCAUCCGAAGUUCUCGCGGAAGAUUGUCAACUUAAGUCGUCUCAGUACACGACGCAUCCGGCACUGAAGACACUCUACGACGAAAUAGAAAACACUUUAACCCCAUUUGAUCAAGGGACCUGCGAAAAGCUGCCUUGGGCCCAAAAAUAUGCACCCAAGCGUGCCGUCGAUGUGCUCGGCUCUGCAAGAGAAGUUGCUGUUCUACGGGAAUGGUUGGAGGCGCUCAGGGUUUCAGCGGUAGAGGCUGGCAGCAAGGAAACACCCAAAAACCAAUCAUCAAAGAAAAAAGGCGCAAUGACAAAACCACCAAAGAAGAAGAGAAAGAAGACGGCUGAUAUGGACGACUUUGUCGUGGAUGACGACGUGGACGCAUUAGGGGGGCUGGACGAAGUCAGUGAUCCAGACGAGUUAGCCUCACUUGACUCCGGCCAGGGAGCAAGGAAAUCUAUGAUUCGUCAAGGUGACGGUAUAAUCAAUGGCAUCCGCACGACCAAACUCAGCAACGUAGUGCUUUUGAGUGGGCCACAUGGUUCAGGAAAAACUGCAGCAAUUUUCGCCGUUGCAAGGGAACUCGGCUUCGAGAUCUUCGAAAUCAACUCAGGUAGCCGUCGUAGUGGCAAGGACGUCUUUGACAAAAUUGGCGAUAUGACAGAGAAUCAUCUUGUCCAGCGGAAGGCGCGAGAGUCGGUAGCAACAACAGCAGACCAAGCCAUUACAGAGUCAGAUUCUGAACAACGCCUAGCCGAUGCGGUACAGAAGGAUAUUGAGAGUGGACGACAAAAGAGCAUGGCCUCUUUCUUCAAACCAACAAACCAGCCCAAGCCGAAAACUUCGAAACCGGAUAUCAAGGAACAGCCGAAAAAAGCUUCACUCGCUCCGAAAGAGAUAGCACAGGGGAAUCUGGGAGACAAGCCGAAACAGAGCCAAAAGCAGUCGCUGAUCCUGCUGGAAGAAGUUGACGUUCUUUUCGAAGAAGACAAAAACUUCUGGACGACAGUGGAGAGCCUAGCACUGAGCUCUAAGCGCCCUAUCAUCCUCACCUGCACUGAUGAGAGCCUCGUACGGAUGCAUGAAACUUCUUUCCAUGCAAUUCUGCGCAUGUCUUCUCCGCCUGCAGCUCUGGCUACCGACUACAUGUUGCUUCUUGCGGCAAGGGAAGGCCACCUUCUUGAGAGAGAUGCCGUGUCCAGUCUGUAUGACUGCAAGAAUCAAGACCUCAGGGCAAGCAUCAUGGAACUUGACUUUUGGUGCCAAAUGGGUGUCGGUGACCAGAAGGGUGGUUUGGAGUGGAUGUACCAGCGUUGGCCACCCGGCAAAGACGUCGACGAAAAUGGACGGACACUCCGUGUUGCCAGUUGCGGCGCCUACCAGAAAGGCAUGGGCUGGGUCAGCCGUGACUUGCUAUUGGAGCCUAGCCACGCUGGAUUUGAUAGAGAGCACGAGUUCUUGCGCGAGCUCACGGAAUCUUGGCACCUGCAGACUGAGGAGUGCACGACUUCAGCCCAGCGUAACGAUCCUGAGCAGCGAACCGAUCAAGCCAUCUCUCAAGAAUCGAAUUUGAAAUCGCUGGAAGGGGUUGAAUGCUCGCUGGAUAUGCUCAGCGCUGCCGACGUGUUCUGCAAGAUCGAUGUUCCCGCGAGAACCAAGGUUGAAAUGGACGCAACCCAACCACCGAUGCCGGAGAAAGCGAAAAGCAGCUACAUUGAUGGCUAUCCUCUCAUUCAAGCAGACCAGCUUCACGACUUUACCAAUUUUGAUGCAAACCUCGCCAUCAGUUCACACCUGGCCACAAGUCGUUACUAUUGUCGCCAAGCACCCAAAAUUGAAAGCCAGCCUAUCUAUACUGACCUAGUGGUCUUGCCAUUAAGCAACGAGACGCACAUCCUAAACUCGAUUCUCACCCACAUUGCUACCAGCAGAGAUCCGGCCUCAAAGCCGUUGAGUCGUGUCGACUUUUUUGCAUUCGAUCCGCUUGCCGAACCACCGACGAACGCGUUAGUGCACGGACUAGGUAUCACUGCCUCGUCAUUUGAUCGUAACUUCAGUCUCAUCACCAUCGACCUGGCUCCAUAUGUGCGUAGCAUCGCCGCGUGGGACCUUCGUCUGGAAUCUGAGAGGGUGAGAGUCAGCAAUCUGCUGUCAGCAGGCGGGACUCGCAAGAGGAAGGCCAGAACAACAAGGGCGGCACGGAGUGCACAGGAAGGCGGGCGCAGAGAAACGGUACGGAAAGAGAGAUGGUUUGACAAGAAGCUUAGCUUGCAAGCUGUGCUUGCGACGGCGGGUAAAGAUUGGGCCGGGCUGGGAGGAAGGGAGAGAGGUGAAGAUGAUAAACAGACGGAGACGGACAGGACGUCCGACGGUGGAAGUGAGCACGGCAUGGACACGGAGGGGUAG